AUCUAGCCAAGAGAAUGCGUCGCUCCUCGUUUACGCCCGUGUUCAAUCUGAGCACACAGGAGCCGCUGAUUGUUGUGGAGGAGUCGCAUGCUCCGGAGGAGGGGGACGAUUUGGAGGGCGCUGCCGGCGGCUCUGAUGCGCGUCCCGCCAAGCGGAGCGACAGCAAUGAAUCGGAGCCGGACUCACCGGUGAAUCCGUAUCUGUUGUGCCCAUUCCCGGACAUGAUGCAGCGGCGCAAGCAUUCGCUGCCCUCGUUGCAAAUCACCGAGGGCAUUACCGCCAGCCAGGUGCGUCGUCUGUCCGAGGUGGGCGGCGAAACUGGCGGCCUCAGUCCCAAGGAGGUUGAGUUCUUGGCCACGCUCUCCCAAAAGGCCAAUCCGACCGCAGGCGGGCGUCGACAUUCGGUGGUAACCAUAUCGGCGGUGCCGCCCACGCUAUUUGGCCGCAAUCGGCGUGAGUCCAUUUCCGCCGUUUCGUUCAGUGGCAGUCGUCGUGGCAGCGGCAUAGCUGGACCGCCGCUCACCGAUCAUCGCGGCAGCAUACAUAACUUGCAGCUGGACAUAAUGGAUGGGAUUGUGCAGCAGCGCAAGACGCGCAGCGGCAGCGGCGUCUGGACUGCACCCGUACUACAGGAGGCGGAGAGCAAUGUGCCCGUGCAGACAUAAGCGGAAUAAGAAACAAAAAGCAACAGCGAGGGAUGGAGAGCAACAGGAGCAAGUGUGUCGUGUGCGGGAUUUUUAAAUUGAAGUUCAUUUUAUUCGAAGUAAAGUUGUUGCCCCCCUAGUCGUCAACAAAAUUAAAAAAAAAUAGUAGAAAAUAGACAAAAACGUAAAACGAAAUCGAAUCCAAAAUUGUGGCAAAUUCAAAGCAAAGCAAAUGCUUUGUUCAAAUUUUUGCACACCUGCAACGCAUGCCACAAACACACACACACACACACACACACACACACACACGCACACACAUAGAAAGACAGAAAUACCUCAAAUAGACAGAUUGCUGGCAAUUGAAGUUGAGACAAAUGAUUUUGUAUUGGACAACAAGCAGUGAAGAUAAUGAUGAUGGAGUCGUCGAUGAGAUAAGCUAUAAAUGUUUAUGAGAUAAGCAAACAAAAUCCAAUACCAGCCGCCC